AUGGAAGGAGCAUUGCGGGCCAACAAGUGGCUCAUUGAUUUAGACCAUACGUUUGAUAUCAGUGGAUGUACAGAAGAGCAUAAGGUUCAAUAUGCUGGACAUCUACUUCAAGGAGAGGCCAGAAUAUGGUGGGAUACAAAGCGACAAUUACUGCACCAAGAGUUGGGUGAUCUAGCUAUGCUUACAUGGGAGCGAUUCAAAAGGGUAUUUGAUAGUCAUUUCUUUUUGGAGACGGCCAUGCAAAAGAAAGCCAUGGAAUUUGCCAACUUAGUGCAAGGAAAUAUGACGGCCGGACAAUAUUCUGCCCUAUUCAUAGAAUUGGGAAUGUUUGCCCCUCACUUGAUUGGAACAAAAAAGAUGCAAGCUAGGAAAUUUCAAGAUGGAUUGCAGCCAAGGAUUUGGAAUCAGAUUGCAUGGUUGCAGAUCAAAAAUUUCCAAGAACUGGUGAAUGUAGUGUCUAUCGCAGAAGUGGAAUAG